AUGGCCCCCCCCUUGUUCCUCAUCGCUGCCUCUGCCGCUGCUGCCUCUCUCACUCUCAGCCCCGAUGCCUCUGUUCACGCCUUCAACCUGCAGCUGAAGACAAGCAGAGCUGCAGCCCUGCCUGCUUUCGUGUCUCCCUCAACGGCGGUGUUCAACGGCCCCCCUGGAGGGCCCUCGGCCCCUCUGACGACGGCGGGGCCACCACCCGUGCCGGCCUCCGAGCUGCGUCUACACGCAGCAACCAGCCCUCCCGGAGGGGAUGCAUCCACUUCCACGGCAGCUGACAACAGUGUGUUAGCAAUGGCUGCCUUCUUGCGCUGUCAUAAACCGUUGCUGAAUGACCGGGGACCCGAGCUGCCCGACGGGAACCUGUGCAUGCUGCUGCGGGGCUGCGACGCGCAUCAGCGUAUGAUAUCUCCACUGGAGCUGAAGACAAAUGCGGAAGCACUUCCGGGGGCAGCAGCGGCAGGCGUGAUGGCAGCAAAGGGCACUGGUGCAGCAGAGGUCCUAUGUGAGCAACUGGGCGAAUCCCUCAAACUUAGUAAGGGGCCCCAUGGGGUCUGUCCAGUGGAGCUGCUGAAGCUGGAGGUGGGGAAGGUGCAUCGGUUGCUGCAGUACGCCACAGCUGCGGGUCUUAAGAAGAACUUCUUGAGUUCUGAUGCCCUUCUUGUCAUGCUUGAGCUCUACGAGAGGGAAAUGGAUGAGAAGAGCUUCAACACAUUUUUCCUGCCGGCUUACGACGAGGUUCUCGCAAAGUUCAGCGACGCAAAGAAGCUGGUGAAGCCUGCAGAGAAGGUGCCGUUUUCCUCUCUCCCCUACGAGCCCACACCGGAUCCCCGAACCCUCACGCCUCUUGUGGUGGACAUAAUGCAGUUCAAAGACAAACUGCACCUCCCCACAGGAGGCGCAUCUGAAGGCGAUGUCCUGAAAUUGUCGUUUGAAGAAGCGGUCUGCCAGACCUCCCCACAGGAGGCGCAGACACGAAAAUACGUGCAUUUGCUCCACCCGGUGCUCCGGCGCUCUGUGCUGGUGCUGCAGCAAAGCUUCGCUGUGAUGGAGCGGGGGGAGCAACAGGACCAUCUCGUAGUAUCAGCUGUGCAGCGGAAGUACACCUUCUGCGCACAGGCGGAUCCGAGUACAAGCACGGCAGCGGACGGCCCUGAAAUCAUCCUGCAGGCCUGCAGGGGCCCUGUACCAGCGGAGUACACGAAAGUUGGCAUCACCAGGACGUAUUCAGAUCUAGACAUUUCUCAGGAGACAGCCGGGAAACAUGCGGAGGAUAUGGGGGUGGAGGUCGCCUCUGGGGUCAGCAGCGGCCAACAGUUUCAGCUGUACGCGAUACUGCUUGUCAUUGGCGUGUUGGCGGCGUUAGCGCUAAGGAAGCUGAAGGCUUUGUCUUACAGAUGGACUUCUUACCCAACAUUGCUGGCGUCGUUGUUGACGGCUGCUGCUGCUUGGGGCCUGGUGGACGUGGCGAUUGAAGUAGCGGCAGGAGAAGACAAGGCCCGGCGUCUGCUGUAUUAUUUCUUUGGUUUUUUGGCGGCUGGGUUUCUCGUGGCUCUGCAUGUGGCGCUCAUCGACAGAGGAUUCAGCAAAGUUGUGGAGGGGUUUAUCUGA